UGCCUGAAAGUUCUCGGUUUACCGGCUAAAUUUGACAACAGAAGUCUCUCCUCUCCCGUUCCACGUGUAUGUACAGUAGGCUCUCGGAAUCUACUACAAAGAAGACGAUUUCUAAACUUAAAUUCAGAUUAAAUCCGAGCUAUAAUAAGAUAUUGGUUUACACGUAAAAUAAAUCUCUAGGUUGAUUAUGCAUUGCGUUAAAACGCUACGAGCGUCUAGAGUCGGUAUUUUACUCAUUAGAAAUGCUAGGAAAUGGGAGAGAGUGGCGGAAAGUUGCGGCAGAAGGCAAACAGCCGCGUGCCUGCUUCAUACGAGCGCAUCACCUGGUCAGCAUCCCCGUCAUCAGCACCUGGCAACAGAUACAGACACGUACAGUAAGAAGGUGGUUACUGGUUUGGAGGACCUGUUGUUCUACACAAUCACCCAGGGAGAAGAGAAAAUCUCAGUGGCACGUUUCCUAGCUGCCCUCAGAAAUACAGGACUGCUGACCACUGACCCCCGUUUGAGAGACUGCAUGCGACAGAUUGACCAAGCAGUCCAAAAUUCUGUUGGUAACGUAAUGAUGGACCAGGAACUGUUUAGAAGAUGUGUUAGCAGUAAUAUUGUCCUGCUGACGCAAGCCUUCCAAAGGAAGUUCAUCAUUCCAGAUUUCGAGGCCUUCACGUCCCUUAUCAACCAUCUGUAUUAUAAUGCACAAGCUCGGGAAGGAGGGAAAGUAGCCAACUACAUCCCCCAGCUGGCAAAGUUCAGCCCUCAUCUCUGGGGAGUUUCUCUGUGUACAGUUGAUGGUCAGAGACAUUCUGUAGGUGACACGAAUAUGCCGUUCUGUCUCCAGUCCUGCAUGAAGCCUCUGGAGUACGCACUGGCCGUGCAUGAGUCCGGCACUGAACAUGUGCACAGAUAUGUGGGAAAAGAACCCAGUGGCCUUAAAUUCAACAAACUCUAUUUAGAUGAAGAAGAUAAACCCCAUAAUCCCAUGGUGAAUGCGGGAGCCAUUGUAAUUAGCUCUCUUGUAAAGCCUGGCUCCAACAAAGCAGAGAAGUUUGAUUUUAUUAUGGAUUAUCUGAAAAGAAUGGCGGGCAGAGAAUAUGUUGGGUUCAGUAAUGCUACUUUCCAAUCAGAGAAAGAAACCGGUGAUAGGAACUACGCAAUUGGUUAUUAUCUCAAAGAGAAAAAAUGUUUUCCCAAAGGAGCUGACAUGAAGGCAGCCCUUGAUUUUUACUUUCAGCUAUGUUCUAUUGAGGUAACAUGUGAAUCUGGCAGCGUCAUGGCAGCCACAUUGGCUAAUGGAGGGAUUUGUCCAAUCACAGGCGAGCGUGUGCUCAGUGCAGAGGCUGUACGAAACACUCUCAGUCUCAUGCACUCUUGCGGCAUGUAUGACUUCUCUGGACAGUUUGCCUUUCACGUGGGCUUGCCUGCUAAAUCUGGGGUGUCUGGUGCCGUGCUCCUUGUGGUUCCUAAUAUCAUGGGAGUGAUGUGCUGGUCUCCACCUCUUGACCGCCUCGGCAACAGUAUCCGAGGAAUCCACUUCUGUCAGGAGCUUGUCUCCCUCUUUAAUUUCCACAAUUACGACAAUCUGAGACACUUUGCCAGGAAGCUAGACCCUCGCAGACAGACAGGACAUGAGAGGAACAAGUCUGUGGUGGAUCUGAUGUUUGCUGCUUACAGUGGUGAUGUUUCAGCUCUCAGGAGAAUCGCUCUCUCUGCCGUUAAUAUGGAACUGACUGACUAUGACUCCCGUACUGCCCUACAUGUGGCCUCUGCAGAAGGUCACUUAGAUGCUGUCAGGUUUUUAACAGACACCUGCAAAGUCAACCCAAAUGCAAAAGACAGAUGGGGAAACACGCCCCUUGAUGACGCUAUACAAUUUGGGCACAAUGAUGUGGUCAAGAUACUGCAAGAAUACCAGAGCACUUAUACGCAUACACUAGUACCCGAGAAGCUCAGUACAGUUGUGUGCCCUCAUUCCUCUCUGGACGCAGAGGAACUGAAGAGCAUGGAUAGCCUGGAGGGUUUAAUAUGAAUGAGCAUCACUGUGGGAAAAUCCCAAAGCACCCUUACCCAUGACUUUAGACUGCAAGGUAGCAUGUUGGCGUGAGAUGCCAAUCAAAGGCACGAAAUUCAUGACAAAGCCUGUACAGGACCAUACUGUCCAGCCAUGUACAGUAAUACAGAGAGACAGUAUUUCACAUCCAAACCAAAGUUAUGCUGUAU